CAAUCAUUGAACAAAUUAGUUCUGAUCCACACUCCUUAUCUGUUGGCUCAUGGACUUCCAACUUCUCGUGAGCCAAGCUCCUAAUGGAGCUCUCUCAGCCCGGCGAUCUAGCGGCGCCGGCGCCACCUCUUUCAUCCCUUCCUCCAAACUCCUCCACACGCCCUCCUCCCAAACCUUCCUCGAACUCAGCUCUCAGAACCGUAGAAAGCCCCUACAUCUCACCCUGGCCGCCGGUGGUGAACCCGCUACCUCUCGCCGAUCGCCUCCAUUCCCCGCCCAAGAUGAAGAUGCGGUCUUUGUCGGAGAAGACGGCGUCCCUUUGGAAGGCGUCAUACAGUUCGACAAGCCCUCAACGCCUUCGGCGUUGCUCUCGUGGGCGACUCUGGCUCUUUUGACGGGAGGUGACUUGCUAUGCUUCCUCGCGUUUUCGGCCCUUGGGAGAUUUAGCCAUGGGUUACCUAUUUUUGAUGUUGAAACCCUCAAAACUGCCGAUCCUUUCAUAGCUGGAUGGACACUGAGCGCUUAUUUCCUUGGAGGUUAUGGGGAAGAUGGAAAGGGAAUGAAUGGGUAUAGUACAGCCCUAGCUGCUGCUGCGAGGUCUUGGCUUGUUGGCAUACCGUUACUGACAUCUUUGGUGCGGAGAUGGUGAUUUCAUCCUUUAUGGUACUUAUGUAUUGUUUUGUUUUGUUUUGAUUUCUUACCGACAUUUUAGUUUGUCAUAACUUUUGAUCAGGUUGUACAUUUUUUAUGGAACGUUAUGCGAGCUUAAUGCAAGCAUUUUUGAAUCA